AUGUCGAGCCAAUUUCCUCCGAUUCCUCCCAUCAAGCCUACGCCGGUCGUCGCAAUUCCCUCGGAACCUGGGUUGUGGGACAGGAUAUCAACAUGGGCGUCCGAGAACAAGACUGCCGUCUACACGAUCGCGGGCGUGUCGGUUCUGGUGACGGGAGCUGGAAUUUACUACAUAAAUAGCGGUUCUAGCUCCAAGGGCGACUCGUCGAGACCAAGCAAAAAGGAGCGAAGGAAGCGCAAGGAGGCCGAGAAGAAGGCAUCUGCCGAAAAGGAUGCACAACCCGCCCAAACCGGUUCAUCAGCACCGCAAGCCGCAUCCGUCUCUGCGAGCGAUGAGGAUCUGUUGGAUAUAAGUGAGGCCGAUAUCGAAGCAUUGUCACCCGAUGAGCGCAAGGCUCGCGCCGUCAAGCUCAAGGAGGCUGGAAACAAGUCUUACGGCGCACGCGACUAUCCGCGGGCCAUCGAGCUCUACACCAAGGCCAUCCUCUGCAAGCCAGACCCAGUGUACUACUCUAACCGUGCUGCCUGCUACAGCGCGCAGAAGGAAUGGGAAAAGGUCGUCGAGGACACCACGGCCGCGAUCAACCUGGACCCCGACUAUGUCAAGGCCCUGAACCGUCGCGCAGCUGCAUACGAGAACAUGGACAAGUACAGCGAGUCCCUGCUUGACUACACCGCCAGCUGCAUCAUCGACGGUUUCAGGAACGACUCUAGCGCCCAGGCCGUCGAGCGGCUGCUGAAGAAGUUCGCCGAGUCCAAGGCCCGCGAGAUCAUGGGUUCCAAGGAGCCGAAGCUGCCCAGCCCAACCUUUAUCGGCAACUACCUCCAGAGCUUCCGGGCAAAGCCCCGUCCUGCUGGUCUUGAGGACACGGUCGACCUGCCCGAAGACUCUGGUAAGGGCCAGCUGCAGCGCGGUCUUGCCGAGCUUGAGAAAAAGACUGGCGACCGGUACGAGGCUGCAGCUGAGGCUUUCGACAAGGCGCUUCAGCUUGGUGAUCUCGGAGAGUACGAGGCUCUUGCAUACAACAUGCGUGGAACCUUCAAGUGCCUGCGUGGUAAGCACGAGGAGGCGCUCCAGGACCUGACCAAGUGUGUUGAGCUCGACCCGUCCAUGACGCAGGGCUACAUUAAGCGGGCGAGCAUGUACCUCGAGCUUGGCAAGACGCAGGAGGCACAGGCCGAUUUCGAGACAGCAGCAACCCAGAACCCCGAAGAUCCCGACAUCUACUACCACCGUGCGCAACUGCACUUUAUCCAGGGCGAGUUCCCCGAGGCCGCCAAGGACUACCAAAAGUCGAUCGACCUGGACCGCGACUUUAUCUUUUCGCACAUCCAGCUCGGCGUCACGCAGUACAAGAUGGGCUCGAUCGCUUCCUCGAUGGCGACGUUCCGCCGCUGCGUCAAGAACUUUGAAAAGGUCCCGGAGGUCUACAACUACUUUGGCGAGCUCCUCAUGGACCAGAACCGCUUCCCCGACGCCGUCGAGAAGUUCGACACUGCCAUCGAGCUGGAGAAGUCAGCGAGACCGACCGACAUGAACGUGUUGCCCUUGAUCAACAAGGCUCUUGCUCUCUUCCAGUGGAAGCAGGACUUUGGUGAGGCCGAGAAGCUUUGCGAGAAGGCUCUGAUCAUCGACCCCGAGUGCGACAUUGCCGUCGCCACCAUGGCUCAGCUCCAGCUCCAGCAGGGCAAAGUCACUGAGGCCCUCAAGCAGUUCGAGCGUGCCGCGGAGCUGGCCAGGACCGAGGGAGAGCUUGUCAACGCUCUGUCGUACGCCGAGGCGACGAGAACUCAGAUCACGGUGCAGGAGAAGUACCCCAAGCUCGCCGCUCGCCUGCAGGGCAUGGGGCCGGCUGGUGCCAUGGGUCGAUGA